AUUUUGGAGUUCUCAGCUUGUUGCCUGCUGUGGUCGCUGGGCCCUCUAAGGUCAAGCUACUCGCACUGGUUUCAACGCUCACCUUCGAAUGGGCAACUGCUGCUCCGACGUUGCCGGCGGUAGUGCGGCCAUCGGCGGCACGGCCGGCCGUACUCACAGUCCGGCCGAUGCUCCCAAUGAUGCCGUUGAUAGGUUCCUCAGGUCUCGAGGCUACAAUGGCCUCUUCUCUCAGAUCGAGUUAUCAUAUUCCGCUUCAGGCUUGCGUGACCGAGAUGUACUCUCCAAGAGUGAUCCAAUGAUGAUUCUUUAUUUAAGAGGGAAAAAUGGAGCACUUGAGGAACUUGGCCGCACUGAAGUAGUUCUAAAUUCCUUGAAUCCCACAUGGAUUACAAAGCAUAAUCUCAUGUAUCAUUUUGAGGUUGUUCAGUUUUUAGUGUUUCGUGUCUAUGAUGUUGAUACUCAAUUUCACAAUGUAGAUGUAAAGAUGCUUAAACUAGAAGAGCAGCAAUUUCUGGGUGAAGCAACCUGUGCAUUAUCUGAGAUAAUUAUGAAAUCCAAUCGAUCAUUGACAUUAGAUCUGUACAAAGAUCAUGCCACCAGAUCAACCCACUCUCAAAAUUGUGGGAAGCUAUUGGUGCAUGCAGAGGAAUGUGUCAGCUCAAAGACUACAAUGGAGAUGACAUUCCGGUGUUCAGAUUUGGAAAAUAAAGAUCUCUUCUUAAAGAGCGAUCCCUUUUUAUUAAUUUCAAAAUUUGUGGAAGGUGGUACCCAAAUUCCCAUUUGCAAAACAGAAGUUAUAAAGAAUGAUCUCAAUCCAAUUUGGAAGCCAGUGUUCUUGAAUAUUCAGCAAGUAGGAAGCAAGGAUAAUCCGUUAAUAAUAGAAUGCUACAACUUCAAUAGCAAUGGCAAACAUGAUUUAAUAGGAAAAGUGCAGAAAUCUUUGGUGGAGCUGGAAAAGCUUCAUUCUGGUGGUCUAGGAGAAAGUUUGUUCUUGCCAACUGCUGGUGGACAAAAUUAUCAUAACAAGGUAUUAAAGAGCCAACUAUAUGUGGACAGGCUUACUCAAAGUGUCCAACAUACUUUCCUUGAUUACUUGGCUGCGGGAUUUGAAUUGAACUUCAUGGUGGCUGUUGAUUUCACAGCUUCAAAUGGAAAUCCACGUCUUCCUGAUUCUUUACAUUAUAUAGAUCCUUCAGGUCGGCCCAAUGCAUACCAAAAGGCAAUUUUAGAGGUUGGGGACGUGUAGUUUUAUGAUUCGGACAAGAGGUUUCCUACAUGGGGUUUUGGAGCACGACCAAUUGAUGGUCCUGUUUCUCAUUGUUUCAACUUGAAUGGAAGCAGCCAUUACUGUGAGGUGGAAGGGAUCCAAGGAAUUAUGGCAGCAUACACAAGUGCCCUCUUUAAUGUUUCACUUGCUGGGCCAACUCUUUUUGGACCUGUCAUAAGCGCUGCUGCUUUGGCCAGCCAAUCUCUUGCAAAUGGUGGACGAAAGUAUUUUGUUUUGUUAAUUAUCACCGAUGGAGUAGUUACAGAUCUCCAAGAAACAAAAGACGCUCUCGUUAAAGCAUCUGAUCUGCCAUUGUCAAUUCUUAUUUUUGGAGUUGGUGGAGCUGAUUUCAAAGAAAUGGAGGUUCUGGACGCUGACAAGGGAGAGAGGCUUGAAAGUUCAUCUGGUCGGGUUGCUUCGCGCGAUAUAGUCCAAUUUGUUCCAUUUCGGGAUGUUCAAAGUGGAGAGAUUUCGGUAGUUCAAGCACUUCUAGCGGAAUUACCUACGCAAUUUUUGACUUACGUGCGAGCCAGAAAUAUCCAACCGAGCUAGUUUCUAGUCAUGUAAAGACUGUACAUAUAAAAUUCUCCAUUCAUUGAUCGUUGUGCAAUUUCAAGGUCCUUUUCAGAAUUGUAGGGUUGAAAACACUCUGUUAAUCUUUGUGAAAAGGGGUAAAGGUUUUCACCAUAGCCAACCUGUUAUCUCACCUGUAAGAUGAUGAGGUAUUGGUUCGCAUUUCGUCUCGUGUGUUUUGGGUUUGGGAUUGGUUGGUCCCCCCAAAGUUAAUAUUACAAAAGUUUCCAUUC